GGCAAGCCUCCCCAGCCAUUCACACAGUUCUCUCCUCAGCGAUGGCUACGCAGACAGCAGAGCUCCAGCCCUACGUCUCCGAAUGUGUCUCACACCUCCUGGUGCUGAGCUCCAGAGGCUCCCAGUGACCUCUUGGUAAUCAGCCUUGGCUGGGUCCAAAUCCCCACCCCUUGGAAAAGUCACGGAGCCUGACGUCUGCCUGUGAGCUGCUUUCAGCAAAGACCUCACAAGCAGCUAGCCAAUCUCUCUUGGUAGCAAAUUGUCAAACCAGGCCCGUUUUCUCAAAAGAUGGUAGAGGACUUAACAGCUUCCUAUGUUGCUCUGAAAUUGGAGAAUGAAAUUCUGCAGGCUCAAGUGAAGAGGCUCAUGGAAGAAAAUGCUGCCCUCCAGGCCCAGAUACCAGAGCUCCAGAAACCCGGAGCACCCAAAGAGGAUGAACCACUCCGAAAGCCCUCAGAGGCCUAUGAGCCCCCAGAGUUCCCAGAGUUCCCAGAGUCCCCAGAGCGGCUGCAAACUCCAGCAGCCAGGGCCUCACAAAAACCCUGGAAACCUCCAGGAACUACAGAGCCUGGGGGCCCCUCAGACAUCAAAGAGCCCAGAGACCCCUCAGCCAUCAGAGAGUCCAGGGGCCCCUCAGCCAUCAGAGAGCCCAAGGGCCCCUCAGUCAUCAGAGAGACCAGGGACCCCUCAGCCAUCAGAGAGACCAGAGACCCCUCAGCCAUCAGAGAGCUCACAGGACUCUCAGAGAUCAAGGAGCCCCCAGAGACCAAGGAGUGUGGGGGACCCUCAGCCAUCAGAGAGUUCAGGGGAUUCCCAGAAGUCAAGGAGCCCCACUCAUCUCCAAAGUUCCAGGAGCAUUGGGGACCCCAGGAGCCUCCAGAGGCCAAGGAGUCCAGGGAUUCCACAGCAGCCUGGGGACUCCAAGAGCCUUCAAAGGCCAAGGAGGCCUGCAAUUCCCCAGAGCUCCAGGAGCUAUCACCCUGGAAGCUUCCAGCCUCCAAGGAACCCCAGGAGAUCCAGGAGGCUCUGGAGUCCUCAGGAAUCCAGAAGCCCCAGGCAUUCUCAGGGGGUUAUGAUCUCCCAGCAGUCUGUGAGGCAGGGCCCAGAGACAACCAGGGUACCCCAGCCCUCAAGGAGUUCCAGAAUCCACAGGUCUACAACCCUACAAAUGAUGAGGGGUCUCAGAAGGUUCCAGAGCAUCAGGAGACCUCAUCACAGCUGGAGCCCCUCGGGGAUCCAGCUGCCCAGGAGCCUCUGGAGCCUUGGGUGCCCCAGGAGCCCCUGGACCCCUCAGAUGCCGAGGAGUUCAUAGAAUUCUCAGUACCUGAAGAGUCCCUAGAGGGCCUAAUAGUUGUGAGAACAGGAACAGCACACACCCAUGGCGAAUUAGAGGCUGCAACUGUGCCGCUAGAGUAUCCUUUGGCCAUCAGUGGGGAUUCUCGGAAACUCUCUGAGUUUUUAGUUCAGUUGACCGGUUAUCUGAGAACCAGAGGGCACCUGUAUCCCACUGAAGUGGCUCUAGUGAGCUUUGUUAGUAGCUUUUUCUCAAGUGAGGCAGGAAGAUGGCUCGAGCCCCUAAUAGAUAGCCAAAGCCCCCUGCUGGAACAAUUUGAAAGGUUCCUUCGAGUGCUCCAAAAUACCUUUGACAAUCCAGAAAGUAUGGAAGUUGCUAACCAUGGCCUCCCUCAGCUGCACCAAGGGGAAGAAGGCCUUGCCCACAGAUAUUCAACCCGCUUCCAUCUCAAUGCUCAAGAGUUAGAUUUGGAUGAAAGCACGUUCUGCAUCCAGUUUCAAGAAGAGCUUGCCAGUUCUACUCAAAAUGAACUGUCUUGUCCAAGUCCAGCCACCAACCUAUCUGAUAUAAUUAUUCAGUGUGUCACCCUAGAAGAGAAGGCAGAUUCAGAUACAUCAGCCUCUGAAGAGGAAAAUGGGUCGGAGAGUCCACCAACUGAAAACCAGCCUGUUCAAGGGACAAGUAAUCGUCCCCAUCUCAGUGAGGCUGAACGGGCCCGACGCCGUGAAGGUCACUUGUGCCUCUACUGUGGCCAUCCUGGUCAUUUUGCCAGAGAUUGCCCUGUCAAGCCUCAUCGUGCCCAGCAGGCGGGAAACAUGGAGGCCCGGCGGUAAGGGG